UUGACAUUUCACGGAUCGCCCCCACACCGAAUUUUCUGGAAGUUCCAAAAUGGUAUUCAACCGCCUCGGAAAAGUGCAAAAGCACGUUGCAAAGAAAAAGGGCAAGAACGUUGCGUCGCUGCACGAAAACAGCCGCGACACAAAACGCUUGCAGAGCGCAGCACAGCGAGACCACAAACUGAACCGCAUUACUGCUCUGAGAGAGAAGCAGAACAAACCAUACCUCCUACGCAUCAAAUCCUUCCAAUCCUACACAGCCGCCCACACAACUCCCGUACCCAUCGUAACCACGCAAGCUAUGAUCGAAGAUUACCUUGGCCGCGACGACGAGGUCCUUUCAACUCUACAGUCCGAGCGCCGAUCCGGCAGACCCCCCAGCACGCGCGAGACACUGCUAAAGCAAAAUCGUGUAUCCGAGGAAGGCGAGUAUUCCUCUGGCUUCUGGGUCCCGGAUCUGGAGAACGAGGACACGCUCAUGAAGCUGAAGGAGUGGGAUGGGACAUGGCCUGGGCUCGCGACGAUGAAAUUCGUGAGAGUCUCGAGGGAUGGCGUGAAGAAGGAAAGCUGUUUCCCGCCGAAGGGGUUGUCGUGAGUGAGGGAAGGAGGCGUCAGGAAGCGAGUGGGAGAACCUUGCUUGGAAGGAUCAGCAUACUCGAGUGUGGUCAAAAGUGGGAAGUCUCGAUCAAGACUUCUGGGAGCAACCCGUUCUCGCUUUCGGUG